GAUGUGAGGGGUGAUGAGCAGAGUACAGAGGACAUUCCUACAGAUAACCACCCAGAUGACUGUACUAUAAGAUCAGAGGGACUUCUGAUAUCUUCAGAUUUUAAACAAGACGAUUGUGGAAUCAAGCAAGAGACAUAUGAAGAGCAUGCCAUUAUCCCAGAUAAGCCCUCAGCCCUUUACAACAAGAAUUUAUCUGAUCCUUUUGCACAGGUCCAAUCUUAUGAUUCAUCACAGACUGUUAAACAGAACAAAAGUCACAAGGGUGUUGAAUAUCGAAGGGUUCAAACAGGGGAGAAGCCAUUUUCAUGUUCACAAUGUGGGAAAUGUUUUAACAGAAAAUCAGUUCUUGUUAGACAUCAGAGAAUUCACACAGGAGAGAAGACAUUCUCAUGUUUACAUUGUGGGAACAGUUUUCACCAGAAAUCAGAUCUUGUUAUGCAUCGGAGAAUUCACAAAGGAGAGAAGCUAUUUUCAUGUUCAGAAUGUGGGAAAUAUUUUACAGAAAAAUCUAAUCUUCUUAAACACGAGAGACUUCACACUGGGGCAAAGCCAUUUUGCUGUUCAGAAUGUGGGAAAACGUAUAGUCUUAAAUACACCCUUGCUAUUCAUCAGAGAAUUCACACAGGAGAGAAGCCGUUUUCAUGUUCAGAAUGUGGGAAAUGUUUUAUUUGGAAAUCCGAUCUUGUUAGACAUCAGAGGAGUCAUACAGGAGAGAAGCCAUAUUCAUGUUCUGAAUGUGGAAAAUGUUUCAACCAGAAAUCAGCUCUUGUUAGACAUCAGAGAAGUCACACAGGGGAGAAGCCAUAUUCAUGUUCAGAAUGUGGGAAAUGUUUUACCCGCAAAUCACUUGUUCUCAGACAUCAAAGAACUCACUUGGAAAUAGCCAAGAAAAACCAAUCCAGAGCACUAAAUGAUGAUUAAGGAAUGUACAAUUAUUGCAAAUUGUCUGUUAUCUAAACAGCAUUUGGAAUCAAGAUCAAACACCUAUCAAUUAUGUAUGUGAAAGACUGGGCACACCUGAAGA